AGGAGUAUAAUAAGCCGGGAGCAAAAAAAAAAAGCCAAAAGAUUAACGUGGCAUCCCUCCGUGAGCGAGAGUCAGGGACGGAGAACGAGCAAAAUGGUGGAGGAGUCGUCGGCGGCAGCUGAGCAGCCGCGACGAGAGAGAGCAUGGCACGCCUCAAUAGCAGAGGAUCUGCAGCGUACUACGCACUCCGCCAUUCACUCCGCUCGUUCUUUUCGUCACAACUCUUCCACCCAUCUCCAAACCUUACAGGAUUAUGUACUGCAUUUGAAAUCCCAGUACAAAAUGUAUGAAGAUGCUUUCUUUGAGAAAGUUAAAGGUGAGUUGAUGAGCGCUAGAGAGCACCCACUUGCAGCUGGUGGAGUCGCUGUUACAGCUGGUCUUCUUCUUAUGAGAGGACCAAGAAGGUUUUUAUUUCGACAUACACUGGGUCGACUUCAAAGUGAGGAGGCACAGUUUGUUAAGGCUGAGAAGAAUGUAAAAGAGUUAAACCUUUCUGUUGAUUUGAUGAAGAAGGAGAGCAGAAAACUGCUUGAAAGGGCUGCUCUUGCUGAGAAAGAUAUGGGUCGUGGCCAUAUUGAGCUCAUGAAUGCUGGGAGUCAAAUUCAACGUCUUGCAAAUUCAGUUUACAAGGUUGAGGCCCAAGCUGCAGAUUUGAUGGAUGGACUAAGAGAAAUCCCUGGGAGGGAGGCUCUGAAACUUCGAGCAGAGGUUGCAUCAAUGGCAUCACAUCUAAAGUAUCAGAGAAUUGCUAUGGACAAAAGGAUUAUGAAGAUUUCAGAAUUAGGGGUUCGAGUUUGAGAAACAAUAAAGAUCCUCCUGCUGUUCAUUCAUUGUAUUGCCCGCGGAUUUGCGCAAAAGCACAAUUAUAUAUGAGGGUGUCGGUUCUUGAUAUAUAUAUAUAAACCCUUUUUGGUUUUAUGAUGUGUAGUUCUUGCGUGCAUGUUGGUUCUGUUUCUAUUUGUUCAGCAAUCAGCAUGCAAACUUCUAGCUCUUUUUGUGGUGCUCCCUCAUUGCUUGGGGCAUAAUGUAAUGGGAGAUUAUACCAAAGUGGGUUAUUACAGUGCGUUCCUGCAUCCCAUCCAUCCUUUUAACAUUUUUAGUCUUAUCCUAUGUUUAGAGUGGGCUUAGAUUUGAAUUUGGAUUUGGAUGAAAUGUAAUAUAAAAUUUUAUUCAAA